AUGAACUUUUACGUUCUUUCGGAGCUUACGACAACCCUGCCGACUCAAAAAAUCAACGUAUCUCAGUGGACUCUCCCAGCGGAUCUAAUUCUUGCAGACCCCCAGUUUUUUGAACCAGGACAGAUCGACAUGAUCAUCGGAGCCGAGCAUUUCUUCGAGUUGCUUUCGGAAGGUCGGUCGAACAUUUCAAUCGAUGGACCCAUACUUCAAAAUACAGUGUUCGGUUGGAUUAUUGCGGGACGAGUUUCACAUCAGUCGAGAAAUUUGCAACCAGUAGUGUCAUUAUCGUGUACAACGAUUGAUAUUCAUAAGUUGCUGACAAGAUUCUGGGAACUAGAGACGUGUCGAACAAACAGCACACAGUCAGUUGAGGAGACAGCGUGUGAGAGACUGUUCGAUCAGACUACUGCUCGCGACGACAGCGGAAAAUUCGUCGUGUCCUUGCCGAAGCGACAAUUCAUCGUUCAGCAGAUUGGUGAUUCGAAAACGAUUGCCAUGCGUCGAUUCGCUGGAUUAGAGAAGCGGUUCCAGUCGAAUCCUGAUUUGACGUUAAGUUACGCUGAAUUUAUCCGCGAGUAUCAACGACUAGGUCACAUGAAGGAGGUUACGAGCGAAACCGACAAAUAUCCCGUGUUCUAUCUCCCCCAUCAUGCAGUAUUGAAGCCUGACAGCACAACGACUAAACUCCGAGUAGUGUUUGAUGGCUCUUGCAAGUCUUCAUCUGGAGUUUCGUUAAACGAUGCUUUAAUGGUCGGUCCUGUAGUUCAGGAAGAUCUGCUUUCAAUUAUUAUUCGCUUUCGGCUUCAUCCAAUCGCUGUCGUUGCCGAUGUCGAAAAAAUGUACCGAAUGGUGAUGGUACAACCGGCUGAUCAACAUCUUCAACGUAUUCUAUGGAGGGAUUCAGUUAGCGAACCAGUCCGUAUGUUUCAGUUGACGACCGUCACAUAUGGUACAGCAUCCGCUCCUUAUUUGGCAACCAAGUGCUUGCAGCGGUUGGCUGAAGAUGGAGUGGAAUCGUUUCCACGUGCGGCUCGUGCGCUGAAAGAAGAUUUCUAUAUCGACGAUAUGCUAUCGGGAGCAGACAACAUCGAAGACGGCAAGGAAUUGACAAGGGAGAUGAUUGAGCUAACGAAUUCCGGUGGUUUCACAUUGAGGAAGUGGAAUUCCAACUGUUCUGCGGUUUUGGCUGAUUUACCGCACUCUUUAUUGGAUGAUCGUGCGACUCUUGACUUGAAUUCGUCGAGUUCUCCAGUUAAAACGCUAGGUUUAUUAUGGCAACCUACUUCCGACAAAUUCCUUUUCCAUUCACCAGUUUGGAGUAAUGCCGCCGUGAUCACUAAACGAACGGUUCUUGCUGAUGCAGCUCGUUUGUUUGACCCACUUGGUUUGGUUGGACCAGUGGUUGUCAUAGCAAAAAUCUUUCUCCAAGAACUGUGGAAACAUCAAUGCGAUUGGGAUGACUCACUACCGGAAGAAAUGCAGUCCUUCUGGCAGGAAUAUAGGAGGAACCUCAUUGCCUUGUCAUCGCUGUCGGUUCCUCGGUGGGUGGCGUUUCGGGCAAAUUUGUUGUCGGUCGAGGUACAUGGCUUCUGCGACGCAUCCGAGAAGGCCUACGGUGCCUGUUUAUACGUGCGCUGUACGGCUCAAGAUGGCAAAGUGGAGGUUAGGUUGUUAGCAGCGAAGUCCAGAGUCGCACCACUAGAAGAUUUGAAACGAAAGAAGAAGAAACAGACUAUUCCUCGUCUCGAGUUAUCUUCCGCUCUGCUGCUUAGUCAUCUGUAUGAUAAAGUUCGUGACAGCAUCAAAAUUCAACAUACUGCGUACUUCUGGACCGAUUCAACGAUUGUGAUGUACUGGUUAGCGUCACUACCAUCCAGGUGGCAGAUGUUUGUGGCGAAUCGUGUGUCGGAGAUCCAGCACCUUACUAAGGGUAGUUCAUGGAAUCAUGUGGCAGGAGUUGAAAACCCUGCCGACAUUAUUUCGCGCGGAAUGACCCCGGCACAGCUGCAGUAUCAGAGAGUUUGGUUUGAUGGACCGUUGUGGAUGCUCCAAGAUCGCAGCACCUGGAAGGUAGAGACGCCAAAUGAAGAGAUUGACCAUUCAUUGUUGGAGGAGAAGUCGGUUGCACUGCCGGCGACGACAAAUCAACCUAGUGAUAUCUUUGCAUUACGAUCAUCGCUUUCCGACCUCAUUCGUAUAGUGGCACUCAUUCGUCGUUUCAUCAACAACAUCCAACAACAACGCGCAAACGGAAGCAGAAAAAUUGGAAGCCUUAGUCAUGGUGAACACGAACAGUCUAUGUUGGCUCUAGUUCGUCUCUCGCAGAAGGAAUCGUUUUCUGCCGAAAUUACUGCACUACAGAAAGGAAAACCAGUAUCAUCAUCUUCAGAAAUAAUCCAGAUCCAUCCCACUCUGGUUGAAGGUUUCUUGCGAGUUGGUGGCCGUCUGCGCCAUGCACCAGUAUCGACAUCCCGAAAACAUCCAUUCGUCCUCAGUCACCACCACCCACUCAGUAAACUCAUUCUGGUACAUUAUCAUCUGAAACAUUUUCACGCAGGCUCACAGCUGUUGAUUGCUAGUGUCCGCGAAAGAUAUUGGCUUACCCGCAUCAGACGUUUAACUAACACAGUUAUUCACGAAUGCGUGUCGUGUUUCCGCAGCAGACCGCGGGUAUUAGACCAGCUGAUGGCUGAUUUACCUUCUGAGCGAGUUACUCCUGCACCACCAUUUCUAAAAGUAGGUGUCGAUUAUUGCGGACCGUUUCAGGUAGUUUACCCCAUCCGACGAACUGCUCCAAGAAAAUAUUUUGUCUCGAUUUUCGUAUGUCUGGUAACAAAGGCUGUUCACCUAGAGCUUGUCGGAGACCUGACAAGUGCAGCCUUCCUCGCUGCUUUCAAGCGGUUCGUAGCUCGAAGAGGGAUACCUGCGUUGGUGAUGUGUGAUAAUGCUCUCAACUUCGUCGGCGCCAAACGUGAACUUGACGAGUUGUCUCAACUCUUUAACAACGAGCAAUUUCAGCAAACAAUAACACGAGGAGCCCAGCACGACGGAAUAGAGUUCCGAUUCAUCCCUCCAAGAUCGCCAAACUUUGGCGGUCUUUGGGAAGCGGCAGUGAAAUCCUUCAAGGGGCAUUUCAAGCGCACAAUCGGUAAUCGAAUUCUUCAGCACGACGAGAUGCAGACCGUAGUGGCACAGAUCGAGGCAAUCCUUAACUCUCGGCCACUAACUCCAAUCAGUAACGACACAUCAGAUUUCGAAGCUCUGACUCCCGGUCACUUCUUGAUCCAACGACCGUUAACGGCAGUUCCCGAACCGAGCCUGGAGGAUAUCCCGGACAACAGAUUAACUAUUUGGCAGAGGUCGCAAGAUGUCGUUCAACGGAUUUGGAAAAAAUGGUCCACGCAAUACCUGUCCGAUCUUCACAAUCGAACGAAAUGGACUCGCCAACGGAACAACAUUUUUGUAGGCACAAUGGUUCUAAUAAAGGAUGACAAUCUACCACCGCUCAAAUGGCGAUUGGGUCGGGUUACAAACGUCAUCGCCGGCCCCGAUGGCAACGUACGCGUGGUGGCAAUUCGUACAAAGGACGGCGUAUAUGAGAGAGGAAUCUCUAAGGUGUGCAUUCUUCCGAUUCGCGAUAACAGAGCGUUAUCUACCCCAGAGGAGGCUUAA